AUGGGCCCAAAUCAGCUGCUCCAGGUGGCUGCAUGGCUCUCGUUUGCUACAGCUUGCCACACUGCUGCAGUGCCGCGAUCAGCCGAAACGCCCCAGGUUGUCCUGCCGCAAGGCACUUUCCGUGGGUUCCUGGAUUCUCACAAUAACUCGGUGUAUCUUGGCGUGCCCUACGCUCAGACAACUGCGGGUCGGAAUCGAUGGAGGGCACCUCAGGACAUCUCCAAGCCUAAGGACAAGGACUCCGCCGUAGCAAAUGCGACGUCCUAUGGCCCAACAUGUCCUCAGGCCAUUUCAAGCGAGUACUACAGUCGCCAGGACGAGGAUUGUUUGAACUUGAAUAUUUGGGCCCCAUCAACGGGAACCAAGCUUCCUGUCUUUGUCUACAUGUAUGGUGGCGCGAUGGUCACCGGAUCCAGCAGCAACCCUCAACUGCAGGGCAACAAUUUCGCGCGAAAGGGUGUUAUCUAUGUUACUUUUAACACUCGUGAGAGUAUCUGGGCGUCGCCGAACUCGGCAGAACUCCAGAAGAAGAGUAAAAGUCAGAACUUCAGCAUCCUGGAUGUAGAGAAGGCUCUGGACUGGAUCCACCAUAAUAUUGACUCCUUUGGUGGCGAUCCUAGCCACAUUGUCUUUGGCGGUCACUCGUCGGGCUCCGUACAAGUUGACCAUUAUCUCUGGAACCACCCAGACUCAUGGCUGAAGGGCGCCGUUCAAAUGAGCGGUAAUGCUAUAUCUGGUCCUGCGUACGCCCCGACCAACGUUGGACUCGAUGUAGUUGCGGCAGAAGUUGGGUGCGGAACAGGCAGUGGCCAGCUCGAGUGUCUCCGCAACGUCAGCAUCUACGAUAUUCAGACUUCGUACUUCAACUCGACUGCAAACACCUGGUUCACUCCAGUGAUCGAUGAUAUCACUCGGUUUUCCGAUUAUGCCGCUCGAUUUUCCACAGGCGAAUAUGCUUCGCAUGUCCCAUUGCUGACCGGAAAUUCGAAUGGUGAGGGUACAGUGUUCUCCGUGGUGUACUCGGCCGAAAACGGCGACUUCAACGCCUGGAUCAACACAUUCGAUGCAGACAGCGCUCAUAUCCCUGACGAUGUGUUGACCACUGCCUAUAACCUGUCUGACUUCGCGAGCGAGUCCCUCAUGAGCGGUACCCAGUACGGCGAUGCGCGUUUCAACUGCCCUGUCGACUAUUUUGUCGACCUCCGUAGUGAGAAGCAGGCUACGUGGGAAUACCGAUUCUUCGGUCAGUACGAUAAUGUCGUCGGCCUUCCCGGCACAGCUCCAACUCAUGGCACCGAGGUACCCUUUUUCUUGGGUGGCAACGAGUGCUUCGAGAAGUUGUCGAAUGUCACGGAGGAGCAGCAGGCUUUGGCAGACGCCAUCAAUGACUGGUUUGUGGAGUGGAUCAAGAACCCAUCAGCCGGUCCGGGCUGGGAGCAGGUGAAACCGACCGCUGGCCCGUUGGUUAAGCUCGGUAUUCCUGGUGAUGAGCUAUCCCUGGUGCGAGGCUGUACUUCCGAACACAACGGCCGAUGUCAGUCGGCAUACAAGCCAUACUUCCCCGACUACCCUGUCGUUCAAAGCCCUGUGCAGUCGUCAUGA